AUGGUGCCACCAGUACAGAUCACUCCACUCAUCAAGCUCGGCCACUCCACUCUGGUUGUCUAUAUCACCUAUGGAGCCAAGUGUUACAGUUACCUGAAGCCUCAGACAGAGGAAGAGAGGAGGGUAGCCAUAGAGGAGAAGAGGCAGGAUGAGCUGAAAUGGAUUGACAGAGAACUGGCUGAAGCCCGGAUGACAGCAUACUGA